UAUAUAAGCGGGCGGCCGCCCGGGACCCUCAAGCAGUCCGGCAGAGACCUCCCCGCUUCACCCAUCGCUCAAGCAAGAUGGCGCAGAGGCUGGCGCUUUCGGGCGCCUUGCUCGCUGCCUGCCUCGCAGUGAUGGUGACGUUCGGGGCCGCCUCCUUCUUCGGGAAAGAGCACAUCCACCUCAGGAUACACCUCCCCGAGCCAGAGCACCACCACCCGCCCCCACACCAUGAAGAACACCACGAGCACCACGACCAUGGGGGCGGCGGUGGCGGCUUCGGGGGCGGCGACAUCUCCUUCAGCGGCCCAAGCGGCGGUGGCGGCGGCGGCCACGGAGGCCACGGCGGCGGUGACAUCAGCUUCGGUGGCUCCGGCGGCGGCGGCGACCUGGGCGGCCACGGGGGCGGCGGUGGAGGCGGCGGCUACGGCGGUGGCGGAGGCCAUGACGACGUGUCCUUCACCGCCCCCGGCGGCGGAGGUGGCGACCACCACGGAGGAGGUGGAGGUGGAUUCGGCGGCUCGGCCAGCGGAGGAUACGGUGGUGGCGGUGACGACCACCACGGAGGCGGCGGAGGUUUCGGAGGGUCCGGCGGCGGCGGGUACGGCGGCGGUGGUCACGGCGGAGACGACCAUCAUGGAGGUGGCGGCGGCGGUUUUGGAGGCUCCGGCAGCGGCGGGUACGGAGGCGGCGGCGGCGGCGGUGGUUACGGAGGCGGUGAUGACCACCACGGCGGCGGCGGCGGCGGUUUCGGCAGCUCCGGAGGCGGUGGAUACGGGGGCGGUGGCGGCGGCGGAUACGGAGGCGGAAGCGACCACCACGGAGGCGGCGGCGGCGGAUUCGGAGGCUCUGGAUUCGGCGGCGGCCAUGGAGGCGGAGGCGGCGGCGGAUACGGAGGCGGAAGCGACCACCACGGAGGCGGCGGCGGCGGUGGAUUCGGCGGCUCUGGAUUCGGCGGUGGCUACGGAGGCGGCGGCGGCGGUGGCCAUGGAGGCGGCGGCGGCGGCGGAUAUGGCGGCGGCGGCGACCACCACGGUGGCGGAGGCGGUGGGGGCGGACUCGGAAGCUACGGAGGCUCCAGCUUCGGAGGCGGCCACGGGGGCGGCGGAGGCGGCGGUCACGGAGGUGGCUUUGGAAGCAGCGGCGGCGGCGGCUACGGCGGCGGCGGCGGCGGCCACGGUGGUGGCGGCGGCGGUGGCGGCUACGGAGGUGGCGGUGGCGGUGGCCACGGAGGUGGCUGGGACAAGAAGAAGUAAGAGAG